AUCUGGCUAACAGUGUGAAUGAUACCUUCCUGAGAUGUUUUCUCACAUAUUUUGCAAGACAGAAGCCAGCUAACAUGCAUAGGUCUACAACACUCUUCCCUCGGCUGUCCUUCCAUGUGCUGGCCCACUGCAGAGGAUACUGUGUGUUGAGAGGCAGCUCAAGGUCGCUAAUCUGUGGCCCACAACCCCAUGUAGUCAGCCGACUGGACCCAAGAUGGACGCCUAGUAUCCAACACAGCUACCCAGUACCCCCAUCCCCCCACGUCACUGCUCUCGCCAAAUACUCUGACUUAUCCACCCAAAAAUACAACCUCAUCUACUCCUUACCUCACAUCAAACUCCUGAGAGCGGUCUCCCGACUCAAACUGCUCCAAACCGGAAUCACCAUGCUCUUACUCCCGCCCGUCUACUACAUGUAUUCCCAAGGAGAUGCUUCGUACCUACUGGUUAGCUACAGCACGGGGAUAGCGGCGUUCGCCGCCAUCAUGCUCUACUCGGCCAGUCACUACCUGAGACGCGUCGUCGGGAUGAUGUACCUGGAUGAGUCCCAGACGACGCUGAAAGUGUCUCACCUGACGUUCUGGGGAAGCAGGAAGGACGUGUGUCUGCCCGUGACGGACGUUAUGACUCUGGGGGACACCGGGGACUCCAUAGGGGAGACUAUACUGACGUUGAAGCGAUAUAGUAGUUCUGAGACGCUGUACUUCUCGACUAGACUGGGACGUGUGGUGGAUAGGCAGGCCUUUGAGAAAGUGUUUGGGACUUUGAUUUGAUGUUUUUAUAGGGCUUUUCAGAGCCAAACCAAGCUGUACUGAGUCGGACAGAGCCCAGCCAAGCAUCCACUAUAGUUCCUGGAACUGUGAUGAAAAGAUCUGAGCCUGCAGUUAGGUUCGGGUCGACACAGUGGUGUGAAAAGGGUAUUUUAUGUUGUGAGCAUUUGAAAUGUUGUAUAUUUUGCAGCUAAAGAGAUGCCUGCCUACAUAUGCUGCAGUCUGUUCUGCCACAUUUCUUGACUACUGUGUGCGACCAAAAGAAACCGUGACAUUUGUGUUGGACAGCUGCUCAGACUCACAGCCUUCAAUAAACACACCCUGAUUAUUUAAGC